UUUUUCUUUAUAUAGAGGGCAUUAAUGAAUUUCUGAUCAAAAAAGGACACAGAGAGCUGACAUUAAUAAAUCCAGCUUCAUCACUUGACUUAACUCUAUGCCCAAGAACUAAUGCCAAUUGUUUUCAUAAGCUGCAGCGCAUUGAAAGAUCAUGUAGCAACUGUGGUGUGGAUUUAAUUAACAAGUAUUGAGCCUUUAAAAAAUUGCACGGAUGAAUUAGCAGAGUGGAGUAUAGUAUGUGGUCAAAGAUGACGGAUGAGUAUGUUCAGAGUGAUGGUACACUGCAAAAGGUAUCAAAGUGGCGACCAGUAAAUAAAGAAGGAUCUUUCAAUGACCUAGUGAGAGGUAUUACACCUAACACUAUUGCUUACAGAAAUAGAAGCUGUUUCUGCUAUCCAUGCAGAAAUUCAUAUGGCAGUCAGUGCCUGCAUGAUGAAAUAUGUGGCUCUUGGAAGGUGUUCAAACUUCAGAAACAAAAUGUAGUGCAAUCUCAGUCAAAUCUUGAAGACUCUUUGGAUGUCAGUCCCAUAUGCUCAAAUUCAAAGGCCCAAACAAUUUCCUUCACUCAUCAAAAGUACAUUGUAAAUAGCUGUGUGAUUGUCAAGUAUGGGGAAAUAUUCUAUCCAGGAGUUGUGAUAGAAGUCCUGGAUGAUCAGCGCAGAAAUAAUUUUUUAAAAAAGCACAGAAAUAAAAGAAAUAUAUUUGUAUAUCCAGAAGUGCAGGACAUACAGUUAGUGUAUGCAGACAUGAUUGUUACUGAAGUGAUGUUGAUACCAAUGGCAAUAGUUUGAGAGUGGAAUGUUUUGAGUUCUGAAUUUGUCAAAUAAAAUUUGUGUACAGUUUUAUGUGUUUUCUUUUCUUUCUUUUUUUUUUCAAACCUUUUUCUGUGUGUUAAAACUAACAAAAGAUAUAAAAUAUAUAUUUGUCAAUAAUUAAAAAUAAUAAUGAUCAUUCACUUGUGCACAGAUAAGACAAAAAUGUAAACUUAUAAACAUUAUUUAAAAAAAUGGUGUCCCAUGAAGAACCCGCGACAUUUUGUGAAAUUAAAGCAGCAUUUUUACAAAUGGGUACUUUAUGACUAGAAUAGUGAACUUAAUAAUAAGUCUAAUGGAUCACUUUAGUGCAAAAAUAAAAUAAUUUCUAUAUUCUCACAGAAUAUCUUUUAAAAAAACUUUAACUUGUAGUGUCACAGGUGCUACGGUGUCCCAAUUUUUGAAUUGAGCUCAAAUCCACUUUUUCUAUGCAAAAGCAUAAAUUUCAGUAUCUAAAGACUAAUAUCAAUAAAGACAGUUAUAUUAUGCUAAAAUACAAUGAAUUUAUCAAUUGGUCGUUGUUAAAUUAUCAAGUGGUGUCCCGGUGAUGCACCUGUGACGCAAAAGGGGGUACCCCUUGAAUAGACACUGCUGUCAAAAUCUACAUCUUGCAAUUCAUUUUCUAUUGAUAAAUUCUUAAAGUGAACUGGUUGAAGAAGUGAAUACAGUUGAAAUGAAACCAAAAACUUCAACUUUAAUUUUUAGCAUAAUGUGACACUUUUUGGCACCAGUACUGGAGAAACACUCCCAUGGUAGUGACAUG